AUGUCAACAAAAGUCAAGGCGGCCAAAGCGGACAAGAAAAAGGAUGUGAAAGGGAAGAACAAGGCUUCAAAAUCCGCCGAAUCGAAAAAGGUCGCGACCGAGAAGGCCUCCAAAACUGUACCACCUCCUGAACCUGAAGUAUCUGACGACGAAGGGGAAUGGGUGGACGAGGACGAUGAUGAGGAGAGCUCUGAUGAUGAGUUUGAUGGCGUUGACGAGGAGGGAAUGGAAAGACUGCUGAAAGCGCUGGGAGAGAAUGGCCUGGACGAAUUUGACCAAGCUCAGCUCGAGUCUUUACAUGGCGGCGAUGAAGACUCUUCAGAGGGUGAAGGCGAAGAGGAAGAGGGCGAUGAAGGUUCAGAGUCAGAAGAGGAGGAGGAUGCGGGCUCGGAUGCGGAGAGCGAAAAGGAAGCCAAUUCAAGUAAAAUGGAGGUCGAGGGAGGGGAGGGCAGUGAAGGCGAAGAUGACGAAGAAGAGGAAAUAGCACUGGAUGAGACAGAGGACUUGGUCGAUGAAGAUGUUAUCCCCAGGAGAAAGGUCGAGGUUGAUAACAAGGUCGCAUUGGAGCGUAUUCGAGAAACCAUUGCCCUCGAUCCUUCACUACCGUGGACAGAGACUCUGACCCUCUCAUACCCCCACAAAAUCGAGGUUGAUGUCAACGACGACCUCAACCGCGAACUCGCGUUCUACAAACAGGCACUCCACAGUGCAAAUGAAGCUCGUGCCCUCGCCGCCAAACUCAAGUUCCCAUUCACCCGACCUGCCGACUACUUUGCCGAGAUGGUGAAAAGUGAUGCUCACAUGGAGAGGAUACGACAACGCUUGUUGGACGAGAAGGCUGCGAUCAAGAAGAGUGAAGACAAGCGAAAGGAGAGGGAAGGCAAGAAGUUUGGCAAACAGGUGCAGGUUGAGAAGCUCAAGGAACGUGAACGUGCCAAGAAGGAGAUGGAGGAGCGGCUCAAGGGCCUUAAGCGAAAACGAAAAGACAUGUUGGAGUCAGGAGAGGGUGGCGACGACGAAUUCGACAUCGCUGUCGAAGACGCGAUCUCGGAUAAACCAGCCAAGCGCAGCAAGCUCACCAGGACAGCACGCGACAAGAAAUAUGGCUUUGGCCAGGGAGCAGGUCGACGCUCAAAAUCCAAUACGAGGGAAUCUACGGACAACUUCGGACCUUCAAAGGGCAAGGGUGGUAAGAAGGGAGGCAAAGGGGGUAAGGGCAAGCCCCAGAGACCCGGAAAAGCCAGGCGACAGAGUGCAAGGAGUCGAUGA